CCAGGUCCAUGUCUCAGCUAUGCACCCCACAAACGUGCCUCUAUGCCACCCGGGCCCCUCAGUGCUGCUGCUGUUGCAGCUGUUGCUUCCCCCUGCCUCUGCCUUCUUCCCCAACAUCUGGAGCCUCCUGGCUGCCCCCGGCUCCGUUACCCACCAAGACCUGACCGAGGAGGCAGCACUCAAUGUCACCCUGCAGCUCUUCCUGGAACAUCCACCCCCAAGUCGGCCACCCCUUCGCCUGGAGGACUUCCUGGGCCGCACCCUCCUUGCCGACGACCUCUUUGCUGCCUACUUUGGACCUGGGUUUCCUUCCCGGAGGUUUCGAGCAGCCUUAGGCCAGGUGUCUCGUGCCAAUGCCGCCCAGGACUUCCUGCCCACUGCCAAGAAUGACCCCGACCUGCACUUCGAUGCCGAGCGGCUGGACCAGGGGCGCACGCGCCUGGUGGGGGCGCUGCGGGAGACGCUGGCAGCGGCCCGAGCCCUUGACUACACCCUGGCCCGCCAGCGUCUGGGGGCUGCGCUUCACGCCUUGCAGGAUUUCUAUAGUCACAGCAACUGGGUGGAACUGGGGAAGCAGCAGCCACACCCUCACCUCCUCUGGCCAAAGAAGACGUUCCAAAGUCUGGCACAAGUGGACGACGCUACCUGCUCUGACUGUGAGGAGCUGAGCUGCCCUGGGAAUUUACUGAGCUUCACACUGCUCACCUCUGGCUACUUCGGAACUCAUCCCUCCAAACCUCCAGGAAAAUGUAGCCAUGGGGGUCAUUUUGACGAGAGCAGCUCCCAGCCACCACGGGGAGGCAUCAACAAGGACAGCACAGCCCCAGGCUUCUCCCCCCACCACAUGCUGCACCCCCAGGCUGCACAGCUGGCCCUUCUGGCCUCCAUUCAGGCCCUCAGCCUCCUGCGAAACCGCCUGGGAGACAAGGGUUUCUCCAGGCUGCUGGACAUCACCCCAGCCUCCGGCCUGAGCUUUGUUCUGGACACCACGGGCAGCAUGGGGGAGGAGAUCAACGCCGCCAAAAUCCAGGCUCGACACAUUGUGGAACAGCGGCGGGGCAGCCCCAUGGAGCCCAGUCACUACAUCCUGGUGCCUUUCCAUGACCCAGGGUUUGGUCCUGUCUUUUCAACCAGUGACCCUGACAGCUUCUGGCAGCAACUCAAUGAGAUCCACACCUUGGGGGGUGGAGAUGAGCCAGAGAUGUGCCUUUCAGCCCUGGAGCUGGCCCUGCUGCACACACCCCCACUUUCAGACAUCUUCGUCUUCACCGAUGCCUCCCCCAAGGAUGCCUUUCUCACCAACCGAGUGGAGUCUCUGACUCGGGAGCGGCGCUGCAGAGUUACAUUCUUGGUGACUGAAGACCCGUCAAGGGUUCAGGGCCGAAUUCGGCGUGAGGUCUUAUCCCCUCAACGUUUUGAGCCGUACGAAGCUGUGGCCCUAGCCUCAGGAGGAGAGGUGAUCUUCACCAAAGACCAGUACAUUCAGGACGUGGCAGCCAUUGUUGGGGAUAGCACGACUGACCUGGUGACCCUUCCCCUGGAACCGCCCAUUGUGGUGCCGGGGCGGCCACUUGUGUUCAGUGUGGAUGGGCUGCUCCAGAGGGUCACAGUCCGGGUCCACGGGGAGGUCAGCAGCUUCCGGAUCAGGAACCCAGCAGGGGUCUCCCAGGGUCAGGAGGAAGGCCGGGGGCCUUUAGGUCAUACUCAAAGAUUUGGGCAGUUUUGGAUGGUGACCAUCAAUGACCCCCCACAGACAGGAACCUGGGAGAUCCAAGUCACAGCUGAGGGCACGCCCCAGGUGAGAGUGCAAGCCCAGACCUCCCUGGACUUCCUCUUCCACUUUGGGAUCGCCAUGGAGGACGGCCCCCACCCUGGCCUCUACCCCCUGACUCAACCUGUUGCAGGUCUCCAGACCCAGCUGCUGGUCGAAGUGAUAGGGCUGGGCUCCGGAGGCAGCUCUGGAGAGUCUCUGGCGCAUUUCUCUUACGUCGUCCUUCGAGGGGUCUCGGAGGAUGUGGAGCUGGGCCGGGUGCGUUUGGAACGCACGGGACCCCCAGAGAAAGGUCUCUUGGCUGCCUCGCUCCCGCCCACGUUUCUGCCCCCGCUGAAGCCCUUCUCUCUGGAGCUGAUUGGUCAGGACGGAGGGGGGCAGGGCCUGCGCCGGGUGGCCCCUCAAUCCUGUACUGUGGCCCCGGUCCUUCUGGAGCUCAGUGGCCCCCCAGGUUUCCCAGUCCCGGGCAGUAAGGUCCUGCUCAGCCUUCGCAUCACCAGCUUCUCAGGCCCUCAGGAUCUCCAUCUUAGGACGUCUGUCAACCCGGGCUUUGCCGUCACCUCCAACCUCUCCAGGGUUCACCUAGAACAGAAUGAGUCUGCCUGGGGAUACCUGUGGUUGGAGGUCCCAGACUCAGUUGCCCCAGACUCCUUGGUGACGGUGACUGUGACUGCAACAGGCCAAGAAACCAGCCCAGUGGCCCCGACUCAUGCCUUCCUCAGACUCCUGGUAUUGGCUCCCACCCCACAGGACCAGCUCGCAGCCACUGCCCCUCCCCACUCACCUGGCCCCAUCCUCACCAGGGCUAGUCCCUCCCUUCAUCCCUCUACUUUGGUGACUCUGGACAGGGCUGGGGGAGCACUGGCAGGCCACAUCUGGUGGGGCACUGUUGGAGGGGUGCUGCUCCUGCUGGGCCUGACCUCCUGUUGACACAAUGCCUCCAGGAGAGCCACCUCUAUGCUGCUUUCAACCUCACCCCUGGGUGACAAGGUAACAUGGCCUCAGGACCCUGCCCCUCCAUCUGGGAUGGAGGUUUUCCUUUUCACGCACUUGUCCCUUCUCUCUCUUCUGAAGAGAUUGUCCCACAAUGUACUUUCCCUGACCCUGUGGGAAUCAAACCAAAGACUCAUUUUUGGAGAAAGUUGCUUUCAAAUUCUCUGCAGCGCCUUUAUCCCACUACUUAUCCACGCUCUCUGAGGCUCGGGUGGAGGGGAAGCUAUUUGGGGAGGAGACAGCCUGGGCUGUGGGUAAGUGAGUACUAGGAAGUGUUAUUUAUAGAACUGUUUUUAUUUGAAAUUCUGGAGAGGCUCCUAUUUUUAUAUUUAAAGUUGAAGGACAAUUUCACUAGUCUUCUCCCAGAGAUUUAAAAAAAAAAUCAAAUAGGAGAGAAUUGGGGGCACCAGACACUGAGAAGAUGAAAUGGAAAUUUUCAUUAGCUGAGAAGGAAACCGUGUGCCAAGGUGUCUGGACUUGGGUUGACCUACCAUGUGGAGACAUUUAGCUGUUGAGUCCAGAAGCAGCAGCGUGAAACUGGGGGUUCUAACACAGUGUCUCCCAUUGCCAACUGAGGGGAACAAGAAAGGGCCUUAGACCCUGGUAGGGCCCCUCCACCCCUUGGGGCAAUCUGGCUGAACCAUUUCUCUUUGGCUGAAUGACUCCUUUCUGCUGUCUGGACAAUGCCUAAGGAAGAGGAAAGAAACAGUCUGGGCCUCUGUGCCCACUGCAGUGCCACCCCUAAACCACCCCCCAAAAAUACACCACAUAUAUAGUUUACCUGUUGCUGCCCCAAAUUCUGUGUCUUUGGCCUUCCCUUCCAGUCCUAGGUGGCAUAGAAAUUAGCCUGUCCAAGGGCAUGGGGAGAGCUGAGGGGAAAUGAAAAGGUUUUCUGUUAAAUCAGUGCUGACCCCAUGUCUCUUUCCUACCACCGCUUCCCAACAGUUUCAGCUGAAAAAAUAAAAUCACCUGUUCCUGAAUCAGAUACUGCAAACAGAUGUUCACCUUUUGAAUACUAGCUAA